AUGAGGAAGGCUUCGUUAGAGAUUGCGGAGUUUUGCCGAAUUUUAGAACACGAAGGAGUGAAGGUUCGACGACCGGAUGUCCUCGAUCAUUCGAAAUCGUAUUCCACGCCUGAUUUCAGCUCGACGGGAUUGUAUUCAGCGAUGCCACGUGAUCUCCUGCUUGUGGUUGGUGAGGAAAUCAUUGAAAGUCCAAUGGCUUGGAGGUGUCGUUUCUUUGAGUAUCGUGCAUACCGCCGUUUGAUGAAAGAAUAUUUCAGAGAGGGCGCUAAGUGGACAACAGCCCCUAAACCACAAGGUUAUAUUGAAUCCCAUGAGAGACUAGAAUUGCCAGCUAGAGGUCAAUUUGUGACGACAGAAUUUGAACCUUGCUUCGACGCUGCUGAUUUUCAACGUGCUGGAAAGGACAUUUUUUGCCAGUUAAGUCACACAACAAACCGAAUGGGUGUUGAGUGGCUUCGACGUCAAAUUGGUGAUGACUAUACAAUCCACAUUGUGCAAUGUGUAGAUGAUGCUCCGAUGCAUAUAGAUGCGUCCCUGUGCUUAUUGAGACCUGGUCUGGUUUUAGUCAACCCAGAAAGACCUUGCUAUCAGAUAGAGCUGUUCUCAAAAGCUGGGUGGGAUGUCGUUGAGGCACCUCGUCCAAUAACACCAUGCGAUCACCCGAUGUG